GUCCCCAGGCGGAGGCAGUUGCUGCGUGUCCCACAGAGGUGUCUCCUUGUCGCCGUCUUUUGUGUGACAAACACAACAGCGCGACUAACAGACAGGUGUUAGUCACAAAAGGUGACGUUUUUUUUUACUGUGUCGCUGGGCCGCUACACGUCGCCAUGAACGGGAAGUCGUCCAAUGGCACGGCGGGGGGAAUGGCGUGCAUCGACGGUCUGCCACCGCUACCCAAGAGCCUGAGCGGCUUACUCAACUCCAGCGGCGGCUCCUGGAGGGACAUGGAGAGGAUGUACGUGAAGAAGACCAUGAUCCAGGACGACCUGAGCCGAGGCAGGAACAACGCCGACAACCUGCUGGCCAACAAGCCCGCCAGCCUCGACGCCGCCCUGGCUCUCCUGCGGAAAGAGAUGGUGGGCUUGCGCCAGCAGGACAUGUCCCUGCUGUGCCAGCUGUGGUCGCUGCACGAGUCCAUCCAGGAGUACAAGGGCAGCUGCCAGGACCUGAGCGCCGCCUCCAGCCUCAGCAUGAUGGACAACGGAUACUUCGACGAGGACGACGAGUACUACCCGGACGCGGGCGCCACGCCCACCGGGGACCAGCCGGGCGCAGAGGCCGGGAGCGAGAUGACGGCGGCGGCAAAGAACGGCGGGAGCAUCGGCAAAGACGACAGCUGGGAAUCGUUUCGUGUCACCAUCUGAGGCCUCGUUGUGGAGAAGCGGUGGUUGUUUGGACGGCAGAGGGAAGGACCGGGACAACCUGUGGAAUCUUCUUCCCGUCCUGACUGGGAGCGCCUCCUCUGGUGUCUGCUGGUCCUGCAAGGGGCGUGGCUUCCACACCUGGCGCUAACAGUGCCGCCAAACAUUCCCAACGGACUAUCUAUUCUUGGAGACUCGUUUACUAAAACAAAUUAGUAAUAUACAUUUUUUGAAUUUUUAUAAACUGCUGCCUCAUCCAGCGUUUUUUGCCGUCUUAUAUCAAUGUAUCAACAAAGUUUUAUUAUUUAUUAUAAAGUAUAAAUAACACAGCAGCCACUCUUCUGUCGGGCUGCAAACAUCAGGAAGAGUUUGUGGCCUAGAAUGAAUUUAUUUAGCCAAACAACGUACAGCGCCGUCGGGUGAUUUGGUUAGCUGCGCAAAUGUAGCCCCGCCCACAAAAAGCAGCAGUGGAAUACGUGGCAAGAGGUCGCCGACCGGGCAACUGCGCGGCCGCGGACGCUGCAGUGCUCGCCGAGUACAGGGUCUUUUUCCUAUCUCACGUGAAUGUGCGUCAUGCUAGCGACACUUUUCAUCCGAUGCGGGUGCGCUGUUAGCACUCGAACCAUCCGCUUCUCAUCUUCCUUCCUUCCUUGCAUCCGUCGAUGUCGUGCGUGUGUAAUACGUGACCAAAGAGACGCUCGGCACCAAAUGUUUCCUCCAUGCCGAGCGCCUGAAAUAAUCCAGAGCUACUCCAGCAAAUGUAAAAAAUAUCUAUAAGAAUGUCUCCACGCCGUCUUGCACUGAGCCAGAACAUCUUCACCGCAGGGUUAGCUGUGCCUUUAGCUCACGUUAAUAAUAAACGCCUGGCGUGUUCACCUUCAAACGCAUGCCACUGUUGUACAAAAAUCUGAUUUACAUAUUGGUAAUGGACACUUCAUUGGGUACACCCCGUCCAUCUCAACAUGGGCCAGAAAUGGUAUUAUUAUUAUUAUUAAUAUUAAUAUUAUUAUUAUUCGUUUUGUUGAAGUUAUGAGUUGUGCAUCGGUCUAUACAACCGGAAUUGACCACUGGGUAGAGCAACGUCUGUAUUUGGACAGCAUGGGGACGGUCCAGAAGCUGCCCGAUAGGAUGCAUUGUGGUGAUCUUUUGAAUUUGCGUGGCGUUUUCUGGUGUACAGCCGUCCCUCGCUACAUUGCGGUGUUUCAAAAAUGCUCACGGUUUCGUGGUUGGCUACGGCCUACUAUUAGUUUAAAAUGUAGGAAAAUUGUACUUACUCUUUGCCCAAAUGAAGCAUUUCCGAGCAUAAAAACGGCAAAGUGAACUGAAAUCCAAGUUAAAACCAGCAUUCAACUUGUCAAUGUAGUGUUCUACAUUGGCCACCAGGUGUCAGUAAUUGUUUGGUGAGACAAGCACCAGACUUGAGCAACAGGCUUUUAUUGCAGCUUUAUAUGAUCUCACAACAGGUGCAGUUAUAAUAAUAAUAAUCAUAAUAAUAAUGCGGGCUACUGUUGUGGCCAUAGCCCACAAGCUAAAACUCAACACUGAACCCUGAUGUCACUUCCUGUCCACCCAUUCUGCUUCACUACAAGGCAAACUAUCUUAAGAUGUCUUUACUAUAUUGGAUAAUAGGAGUGUAAUGGUGACUAUAAGGGUGUUAGUUCCUGUCUAGAGGGCUCUGGUAAACAGGUUUUCUAUGCCUUAACUACAAACAUAUUUCAUUUAUAAAUAUUGAAUCCUACUUUGUGUGAAUUCACUUGUCGCGGUCGGAUCUGGAAGCGAUUAACCGACCACCAUACAGGAGGGAUUACUGUACCUCAUGAAGCGACAAUUCUGUCCACAGAUACUGACCUUGACUGGCCCGGCGAGCCACCAGACGCCAAAACACGAGUGAAUAUCCUUCCAGAAAAUCACAUUAAAUGACUGUAAUUCAUAUGAAAAACAGUGGGUAUCACACUGAGAAACUUCACAAUGAAUGACGACGCCAUCACGGAUGUGUUAUUGAAUGUUUUGUCGUACACGUGAUUGAAUUUGACCUGUGCAGUAAAGCUGACUCUUACCAGUGAUGCAGUUCAAACACUGAUGAUGAUGAUGAUAAUCAUAAAUUAGGGGUGCACGAUAAUUAUCGGGCCGAUAUGGGGCAAUUACGCUGUCAUACCGAUAAAGCCGAUAACAUUAAAAAAAAACAAACCCUCUCCAAUGAGGCGAGAUUACCCGUACUGUGCGGGUGAGCAAACCAAGCGCUCCUUUUUUCCUCCUCCCUGUGACAUUAACGGCCUGUCGAGCUCGCAUUUAAACAAACAUUCACUUUCCAAGGAAGACAUUUCGUGUGCUAGUGGUACCAAAUGCUACACAUUGGGAGGGGGGACAUCAAGCACACAAAAGACCUUAUCAGCCACCUGAAACGCCAGCACCGCGGCAUUUGAAAAGUGCAAAAGAUUUACCAGAGACCUUCGUGGCGUCACACCGGCUGCUCGGAGCGUGUGCCCGAAUACAGUGCACCUUGCUGGGCCACAGCAGGUGGCUCCUCCUGCUCUAUACUCUGGUUCUCCUGAUAGUAGUGAUGUGGUAGUAGUAAUGUCAUGAUAUCUGAUUAGGAUAAAUCAACAGGUACAGUUGGUCAAAUCACACCUGUUUACCUCCAGGUGUGCACAAACUACACUUAAAACAAAAUUAAAAAGAAAAUAGAUAUAAAAAGGUUAUGGGUACCAUAUCAGUCUUGGGAAGCAGAAAGUUAUCAGUGUCGGUAUCGUUUAAAAAAAAAAAAAAAGCUAUCGUGCAUCUCUAAUAAUAAUGAUAGACUAUCAGUGCCUUGCAAAUCAUCAGACUUAAUUGACGACGAGGACACGUCACAAGCGACGCUUCACAAGACACGUGCUUUGCGUGUGAAUUGCUUUCCUUCGGUGCAAAGUUAGGGAAACAAAGCAGUCAUGUAGCGCAACACUCACAAUGUCCACGUUGAAGCUCGUGAAAGUUCUGUGUAGCAUCUUUUGGUGCGCCUCAGGUACAACCCUCCCGAAAUAAACGACCUCGACGAAUGCACAGACGCAGCGCGGCUCCAAAACAACAGCAUUGCUUGGAAUGAUACACCAGCUAAGUGCUAACAUGUUAGCUCCUGCUCGUAUCAACACAUGAACUAUGUUGUCACGUGUAUCCCGUGUAUCAGUGUCAUAUGUGAUGUUUUUACUCUGAUGCUGUUUAUGCUAAGUCUUAAUAUGAAAUAUCUGUGUGGUUAAUCCACUGACAAAUUCCACUUGAGCUCACCAUACAGCUGCUGUCGUAGCCCCGCCCACACGUUUCGACCACGCCUUUUAAUAAUGCUCUGAAAGUCAUCCUCCACACCAGUAGAGGGCAGCCUGCAGUGAAAGGCCGUCAUUAUUGUGCUUUCCUCACUACAAACUGUUUGUACUUUGGCUGCAAAGUGCUUGUUUGAAAUCUGUCUCAUGUUUCUGUCCAAAAAAAAAAUCCAAAAUAAAAUAUGUGAGUUGA